UGGGGCCACCAUCAAUGGCAUGUUGCAAUUUGGCCGUUAAACAACAUGCAUAGUUUUGUCGGUUUUCCGUUCGUUGUCCUAGCUGCCUUGCUGCUGGCAGCAGGACCUGCCCGCGGUGGUCUGCCACCAAUGUACCGUGAAUCGGGUAGUUUGGAAAUGCCAAACGAUAGUGAUAGUGAUACUCGUGCGGAUGUUUUGAAUUAUCGUUUGCCCAAUAACACCCUGCCCCUGCAUUACGACGUCGAAUUGACCACCAAUGUGCAUAGUGGUGACAAGAAAUUCACGGGUGUGGUUAAAAUUGAUGUAACCAUUGUUGAGGCCACCACCACUUUGGUUUUGCAUCAUCGACAAUUGACCAUCAAAUCGGCCAAGAUCCAAAGUUCAAGCUCAGCGGUUAGCGAGGAAUUGGAUUUUGAGUAUGAACUUCAACGUGAAUUCCUAACUUUGUCGCGUAAGACUCCCGAGAAUUUCCCCAAGGAUAGUAAAUGGACAGUGACAGUGGAAUAUGAAGGUCAAUUACGUACCGAUAUGGGUGGUUUCUACCUGUCGACAUACACUGAUGCCGAUGGCAAUGAGAGGUAUCUGGCCACAACUCAAUUUGAAAGUACCGAUGCCCGUCAUGGUUUUCCCUGUUACGAUGAGCCCAACAAGCGUGCCACCUUCACCAUUACCAUUAAUCACAGUCCCACAUACAGUGCCAUUUCCAACAUGCCUGUUGAUAAAGACGCCUCCUCUUCGGGAAAAACGGUUUUCACGAAAACCGUUAGCAUACCUCCCUAUUUGAUUGCCUUCAUUGUCUCGGACUUUGUCUAUACCGAAGGUGUUUUGAAUGGGGUUCCUCAGCGUAUCUAUUCCCGCCCCGGUACCGAACAUGAACAAGAAUGGGCUUUGGUUUCGGGUAUGCUGAUUUUGGAACGUUUGGCUGAGUAUUAUAACGUUAAAUAUAUGCUACCCAAAACGGAUCAGGCUGCCAUACCAGAUUUUUCGGCCGGUGCUAUGGAAAAUUGGGGCUUGGCCACAUAUCGUGAAGCGUACAUGUUGUACGACAAGGAAAAGUCAACGGUUAACACACAGACCAAUAUCGCCAGCACCAUUGCCCAUGAGUAUUGUCAUUAUUGGUUUGGUGACUAUGUCGCCAUUGAAUGGUGGACUUAUUUGUGGUUGAAGGAAAGUUUCGCCACCCUCUUCGAAUACAAGGCUACAGAUGCUGCCUAUCCAGAAUGGGGUAUUUGGCAACAAUUCCUCACCAGCUCCUAUCAAUCGGCUUUGGUGAACGAUGCAGGCAAUUCUCCCCGCCCCAUGACCCAUUACGUACAAACUCCAUCAGAAAUUAGUCGUAUUUUCGAUACUGUUUCCUAUAGCAAAGGUGGUUCCGUUUUGAAUAUGUGGAAUCAUGCCUUGACCGAUAAAGUUUUCCAAAGGGGCUUACACAACUAUUUGGAUACCAACCAAUAUAGCAGCGCUGUUGAGGAAAAACUAUUCUUGGGCAUUCAAAAUGCUGCCAAGGAAUUAAACUAUCCCAUUCCCGCAACUAUCUUGGACAUGAUGAGCUCUUGGACUCGGCAAGGUGGUUACCCUUUGUUGACGGUGACCCGGAACUAUGAAGAUGGUUCGUUCACCGUUAGCCAGCAAUCUUUCCACAAUGACGAGAAAACUGUAACGCAGAAAUCCUGGUACAUUCCCUUCAAUUAUGCCCACAAAUCGAAACCCGAUUUCCGUGACACCGAAGCCAGCCACUAUUUGCUCAAUGUGUCAAGUGUGAGAGUCGAUGCCAAGUUGGGCAAGGAAGAUUGGCUUAUUUUGAAUAAACAAUCCACCGGCUAUUAUCGCAUUAACUAUGACGAAGAAAAUUGGAAACUCAUUAUUGAGGGCCUGAACAACAGUCCCUUCAAGAUCCAUCCACACAAUCGUGCCCAGUUGAUGCACGAUGCUUAUCGAUUCAGUAUCUCCAAUCGUUUGCCUCAUUCCAUUCUUUUGGACAUGUUUACCUAUUUGCCCCAGGAAGAUCAGUAUGCACCCUGGACCACGGUCAAUGGCAUUAUCAAUGUCUACAAUCGCUAUUUGAACGGUGAUGAGAAAUACAGCGAUUUUCAGAACUUUGUGGCCGAAAUUGCCACGCCCAUAUACGAAAAGUUGGGUGUCAAUGACAAUCCCGGCGAACAACAUUACCAGAAAAAUACCCGCAAUGUUGCCAUCAACUUGGCCUGCCUGGCUGGCGCACAGAACUGUCUAAGCGAUACCAAUCAAAGGUUAAGGGAUUGGCUUGAACAAGGCACUCCCAUUGAAGCCAAUUUACAAACCCAAGUCUAUUGCAAUGGCCUAAAACAAUCUGCCGAUGAUGUUUUCUCAUUUAUGUUUAACCAACUUAUGGAGUCCAAAGAUCAAACCUUCCGUCGUGCUCUUAUCUCUGCACUGGGUUGUUCGCAAAAUGAGAAACAAUUGAAAAUCUAUUUGGAAAGUUCCAUCGACAAGGACAACAAGUUAAGUACCCAAGAACGCACCAGCAUUCUGAAUCCGGUGUACUCACGUGGAUCUGUGGGUGUUAUGGCCACCCUUGAUUUCCUCGAUGAACAUUGGGAUGAGUAUGGCAAGGUGAAUAAUGGUGUGGGUAGUAAUCCCUUGGACAGUGCAUUGCGUGGCAUAGCUUCUUAUGUGGUCAACACCGAACAAGAAACCAGACUUUUGGCUUUGGUUGACAAGGUCAAGACGACUGCCCAUGCGACCAGUACCUUGGAGUCCGCUGUUAAGUCCAACAUUCAGUCCAACUUUGAGUGGUUGCAGAGUCAUCGAGACCCAUUGAUGAACUGGUUCUAUUCAUACAACAAGAAGGAUGAUGGCAACGGUGGCGGCAAUGACGGUGGCAACGGCGGUGGUAAUGGCGAUGGUGGCGGUGAUGGCAGUGCUGCUAUUGGGGGUUCUAUUAUGACCAUUGGUUCCCUUCUGCUCUUGGUUAUUUCUCGCCUAUAUUAGACCUCUUAGACAAUAGCAUAAUUUUAGAGAACACCAACUUAACACCUUUUUCUGUGGUAUGCG